AUUUUUGACACAGACCAGCACAGGAGUCCCCUGAGUAGGUUAGUCAGUGUUGUAAGUUGUGCAUUCAUGACGCAUAAUAAGUCACUUUAUUAUUAUUUUAGCCUGCAGUAGGUGCAUGUUAGUUUUUACAGCUAUUGCUAGUUGUCGAUUGCGCUAAAGUAACACAAACUCCGCUUGCUAGCUGGCUGUGCUUCUCUUCACAGAGGACGUAAUCAUGGCUUACACGCAGAUACUGAAAGCCCUGCUGCACCGGAAUCUACAACAGACAGCGACACAGUACUGCGGGCUGAAAUGUAAACUCACGCAAGUCAGCUUGCUCAUCCACGCGCACAGGACAGUGUCGACGAUCUCGAGACUGACCUUCCGCAGAAGAGUCGAGGCUCCUUCGUCUGUCUUGCCAGUGCUGGGCGGUUUAACUCGAGCACAGACACGGAGGCGUAUCUCGCUCGAUUCUACAGCCAGAAACCAAAGCAGCCCCGAAGAGAGAGACAGGUCGGUCUCCAGGUACCAGAGUGGGACCCCAAAGCCUUCAGCGACACAGAAAGUGAAAGACGCUGGCAGAGACUUCACCUACUUGAUAGUUGUAGUCAUUGGGCUCGGGGUGACAGGUGGGCUGUUGUAUGUGGUGUUCCAAGAGCUGUUUUCCUCCUCAAGUCCAAAUAAAGUCUAUGGGAAAGCCUUCAACAAAGUCAAGUUAGACCCAGAGGUGAUUGGUGCAUUUGGGGAGCCAAUCAAGUGCUAUGGGGAGACUACCCGUCGAGGAAGGAGGCAGCAAGUCAGUCAUCUGGAGUACCAGAAGGAUGGACUGAAGCUUAUGAGACUUAAGUUUUACAUUGAGGGCUCCGAGCCAGGCCGCAAAGGAACUGUGCACUCCGAGUCAAAAGAGAAUCCUGAAACUGGAAAAUAUGAGUUCCGUUACAUAUUUGUGGAAGUAGAUACCUACCCAAGACGAACCAUCAUUGUGGAAGAUAACAGAUAUGGAAGAUAAUGGACUCGUAAGUGUCUCUUCACUGACGGAGCGUUGUGAAAAUGUGACGAAUGUGUUUGCGUUAUUGGACAAAUAGCUGAAGAUUUACUGUAAAUGUAACUUUAAUUUACUAUUAAAAAGUUGUGCAUUUGGGGAGAUCAACUAUUUUUUUCUUUAACUUUGCCACAACAAUGGAGCAUUUGAUGAAGAGCUUUUCACCGGAAAUGACAAUCAUCUUGUUUGUGUUAUUCUUUAAUAAAUAAUACACAUGAACUACAAAUCGACUUUUGACUAAAAGACUACAAGUUUACCUGCAUUUUGUAAUGACCUGCAAUCAAAGAUGCUUUUAAAUUGUAAUAAAAAUGUUGUUUGUUAUAUACUUGAAUAUAUAAAAAAACAAAUUCUCAGUGUUUCAUAGAACUAUUGAUUUCACUAUGAUCGAUCUUUCAGCUUUAUUAGAUACCUUAAACAUAUUGCAGAUUUCUUGUAUUCUGCUUAGAAAUAACCUGUCUAUUACACACCCUGUAUAGUCUGAUAGACCUGCUUUUCUCUUCAAUUUACAUUUUUCGUCUUGUUUACUAGAUAAAUGUAUGUGAUAGUCCUUUUGAAAUGGUAAACUGCGUUACAAAAUACUGACCACUAGAUGGAGGCAAAGAGUCGCGAGAUAGGAACAACCUCAUAAGACCUUUUACUUUAUAUUUUAUAAUUAAUUUACAUUGUACAUCCAUUUGAAUGAGUUUUUAAAUAGUUUUUCACUACAUCUUUGAAGGUGUCACGGGGAGACACUGAACCUUUGAUUUGACCUAUUUUAUGGGUGUCGGAUUAAUUUUGCCUCUGACUGAAUGCAUUUUUGAUAAAUAUAUAUUUAUGUAUAAUAUAAAGACAUUUUUAAUCAAAAUAUAUUUAUUAUUUGGUCAGAUAUCCUUUUUGUCAGACGAAGUUAUGCUACCUUAAAUGAACCUCGGAAAUAUUGAUAUUUAUGAUGGACGUCAAUGAAACUUCUCAGAUAUCUAUGUAGAUAUAUAGAUAACAUCCCUUUGUUUUAUCUCUUUUUGUGACAGCGCUCCUGCUGAGACCAUAGACUAUACAUAACAAGAUUGAGACGUAAUCUCUGUGAAGGUAUAACUUGUUAUUACUAUUUGUAGUCCUUUAUAAAGUUACUGUUUGUACUUUUCUUCUAGGGGCCAUACUUUUAUAAUUUAUUGGUUAUUUCCAUGAUCCUCUGACAGCGCAAAUAAGAUCAGUGCUACUAAUAUAAACAUAAUUACAUUUUCUUACAGCAACAAUGGCACUUGAACGCAAAAACUAACCGAUAAAUAGUGGGAGCAGUUUACGGGAAACACUAAAGGCAACACCGCCCACUGUGAACCCAGCGGACAGGGGUGUGCUAACGUAAGUCAGUAAACGUUACUGCGAGCUAAAGCUCUCCACGAGUAGUUUAACUUUAGUUGUUUCUUUGAGAUUAAGUUAAAGAGUAGCUUGUCGAGCAACUAGCUAGUAACCUUGUAUAUGAUACUAGGAGGUAUGUUCAGAAAACAGGUCUGUUUUCGUUGUUUUGUUGUAACGUUAACGUAAGAUAGUUUCAUUUUAGCCGCUGUUGUGGCCUGCUAUCCUACUUGAUAGCCUAGCUAAAGCUUAACUAGUUAGCCUCCGCUCGACCCUGGAGCUCUACUCUCAUCACAUCUUCGAGACAACAAGGGGAAUGGCACACCGUUUAAGCUAAUUCACGAGGCGGAGUUGUCGCUAUACAGGCUAAAUUGUGGGAUUAGCCUGGGAUCAGCAAUGAGAGCCUCUACUCACUGAUCGACAUCUCACCAAAAUGGAGCUGUACUGGUACAUAGUUGUUAUUGUAUUUAUCAUUAUCAAGAUAUUCUUCUACGUGUGCUGGUACCGAUCAAGACAAAGGCAGCUGGCAGCGUACUUGAGCAACCCACGCAAUGCUCAGAUAGUCAUUGUUGGAGGAAGGGCCUACCUUCAUCAGAUGUGUGAGAGACAGAGUCAAACGUCUGUCUGGCCCAGUUGGUAUGGUGUCCAGGAUGACCUGUCGAUCGAAGAGCCCUCCACACCUCUGCCACCAGCUGCAUCCUUCUCCCACUCGGACAUGCCACCACCAUAUGAGGCAGUCUCUGGAGAGGAUGAUCUGAAGCCCCCUCCUUACAGCGAGUGUGCUCAUGUCGACGAGACCGCCGCCGCUCGUCCCUCCCAUCAAGCUCCUUUCAUUUCUGAGGCAGACAACAUUAGUGUAAACGAAGCCCCGCCCCCCUACACACUGUCUCCCCCCGCUCAAGUCGGUCAACAAGACGUCCCCUUAAGCCCCAGUGAGUCCCAGUCCGAGAGCAGGUCAACCUAAUCGAUACCGCUUUGCCUUUUCCAUGCACUGCCUUCCUACAUUCAACCUCAGUGAUCGUAGCCAGCCGAACUCUCAUCACCAGAGAGCAGAUGUUUAUUUGGAUGUGUGAAUGAAUGUGCGUUUGGCGGUUUAUAGAUUGAAGUUGUUUUUCUACUUUGUAUUGCGUUUAAAAAAAAAAAAAAAGGUCAUCUGAGUUUGGCAAUAACGGAUGCCAUCAGCAAGCCUGUGUGCCUCAGUCAGGGAUGCAGAACCUGCCUCCCAGCUAAGGAGGAAGAUGGUACCCUUCACCUCCAAGCUCAUAGGGAGUCCCUGAGACACAGAUAAGUAGAGAAACAGAUACCUUCAAGUAUGUUCUGUUUGACGUUGUUCCCGCCUGUCCAAGGCCACUUCCUUUCACAUAUCUAACCAGUUGACUCUUUCUGCAAGCAGGUUUGGGGAAAUGAGCUGCAUUUAGUUCCUGCUACCGGUAUGCAUAAUAUUUGAGAUAUGACUUGACCUCUUGUGUGCAUCUGUAUCGACGUUCUGAGCUCGGUAACUUGAUAACAGUGCAUUAUUUGCAUUAUAGACGAUCCAAAGUGUAGACGGUCUAAUUAGAUUUCAGUGCACCUUGCUGCGUAGUCGUGCAUAUUAAAUAGUAAGUAUUUCAACUUAAGCAAACUGUUAUGACUUUCAAUGCUUCAUUAAUACUGCACGCGUGUUAGUUGAAGACAAAGCAUGUUGACGGAGAACUAUUCGAUAAUGAAUGCACUAAUUGUCUUAAAUAAUUACCUCAUUAGCAUACCCGGUUAUGUUUAAUAUAUCAUGGUGAUUAAACUGGGAUAUUAGGCAAUUCAAGUGCCUAUUACAUCUGUGAAUGGAAGUGAGCGAGGACAAGCGGAACCAGUCGGCGAAAUAAAUGAACACUUUAUGGAGGUAGACAAGAGGUUGUUCUCUGUUGGUCGUCGCCUCUACUGCUGGGUUCUGUCUGUUGCUGCGUUUAUAUUUGCACCUAUAUGCCAGAAAUCAAGAAUCUGCGCAAACAAAAUAAACAUGAAUUUUUUUUAUUUCUGUCUCUUUUAAAAAGUUGUGGAUUUUUGGACAAAGGGUCUUCAGAAAUCUGAGAGUAAAUUGUUGCUCUCUCCAUUAACUACAUUCUGUAGUCGUAGAUCCAGCUGUAAGAUAAUCAGAUCAGUUAUGAAUUGUAUUGUAAAAAAGGAAAACGAUUCUUUGGAAAAGAAAAAUCCUCCCAGGGCUGUGAACUCAGGCUCAAAACAGCUUUGGAGCCGAAGGCUGAAAAGUCAUCGACAGAACUCAGUUAUUGCUUCUCUUUUUUUCCAUAAUUGUUGCAAAAUGAAGACUAACCAAAAAAAUGUUUUUUUUUUAUCAAUGGCGCCGUCUAUUCCUUGUAAUCUCCAUGUUAAUCUACCACGGGCUGGUAGAGGUCAGUGUGUUUAUCUUCUCUGGUAUAGCAUUGCUUUGGGAGAAGUUGUUACUGUGCUUUUUGUAUCGCUGCAAUUCAGAAAAUCCGGAAAUAACACUAAGACGAUGCACCCAAAUGAUCCACUUCCUGUUUGUUUCAGCAACAAUGCAAUCCUUGUACACUCUCUGAACAUUACAACAACAAAACAACACGAGAAAGAAAAACAAUAUGAACGCUGUAUUAAUGCAUGUGGGGCCUUUGGUAAAGUAUAAGGGGGUCUUCAUGGAGAAUCAGGAGUUAAUAUGAAAUGUGUUUUAUUGAUAAUCCUUCAUAUUGCGAUGACAAAUUGUGGCGCAUCCAUCACUGAUGCAUUUCCUGUGGUUUUAAAAUCUGUCUGCAGCUGAAAAGUACAAAUUGGAAUGUAGCUUUGAACUCCGUUCACUUCACUUAGAGAUCGCAGCAUGAUGACGAGCUAGACCACGGUGUUGGGCUCCCACUGUGAUGUAUGUCCUGUUUGAUUACUUCAUGUUCAUUCCCAUGGUGGUUGACUUAUCACAUCUUUCCACUUAGUAGCUUUUUGUGUUUUGAUUUGGGGGGGUAAUCCGUGUUCUGUAUUAAACUGUUGUUCAUAAUUGUGCUAGUGUUUUCCUGCUUUAGUGUGUGUGUGUGUGUGUGAGAAGUCACUUCCAAACAAUUUACCUGCGCAGAGGAACAGUACUACACUCCGGUUACACACAUUUCCUUAAUUUCACACUCAUAAUAGGUCAUUUUCUUUCUAUUGAUGUGAAAUUACUUUUUGGGGUAUACCACUUUUAUUUUUAGCAGAUUUGGUAAAGUUACAUUUCUCUUGGAAGGCUCAAGUCCAAACCGAGACAACUUAUUUGCGCAAACUUCCCUCUUUGUUUUUCAUCACAGGCAGUUUUUUUUGUUUUUCCUUUUGUUCCGAAAAGACUUAACUUUGAACGGUACUUCCUUGAUUUGUCUAAUUUUAGAAAACUGUCUUGACAACCAGUAAUGACGAGGGAUAAAAUGCUGAGUAUUGUCUUUAUUGUUUCUGUGAUGUGCCACUAGAGAGCAGUCUUGCACCAGUGAUGACACCCCCCCCCCCCUUCCAUGUUUCUGUGCCGCCUGCACCUGUUGCUGAGCCCGUGUGCCGAGUGCGACACAAGCAGUGCGCCUUGUCGCCAUCACGUCAGUAUUGGUUGAUGCAUUUUUAUUACAUGUUUUUGUGACAGAAAAAUGGCAUCGAGAUUUGCUCCAAAGUUGUUUUGUUUUUUCUUUAGAUGGAAAACCAAAAAAAAAUUGGUCUUCAUCAAGAUCAAUAGCGCAGCCCUCUUGUGGAAUAUGUAGCAGAGUGGAUACUAAAGGACAUUAAUUUUUCAUAUCUUGGCCUCUUGGCUGCCGCAUCACUAAGCUGCAUACAAAUCAGCUGAGCUUGAACAAUUCACAAUGUGUGUACACAUGAUUAUGAACCUUUUUGGAAACUGAAAGAUUGUGUAUGAGACGAAUCGGAUAAAUCUGACUGCCCGCUGCAAAAACAAAGCCACAAAAGAGAAACAAAAAAUAUGGCCCUCUUUUAUUAUGAUAAAAUGUGCUCUCAUAAAUGGUAAAAAUAUAUAUAUUAUUUCUAUUAUGCAUUGUUUUGGAGCAGUUCUUCAGAUAUCACUUUAAACAUUGAAAUGGAUGUAAUCCAUCAAGAAUGCAGCUUUCGUUCAUUGACGUAUACGUGCGUGACAGUAUGUAUUGCGUCAUUGUUGAGUAUAGUUAGAUAAGCACUCUGUUUGUCACUCCUGUAUGCUGUGCACCGGUUUGGCUUUGAGUAAUUGAUGCUUUCGGGGGAAAAUAUUUGCAUUUUGGGAAACGGCCAACAAUCCAUCAUUUAAACCGCUUUACUAAUCAUUACAUCUCAGUACAAACAGCUGUAUAAUGAAUGCAACACGGCGCACUCUCCUCAAGGAUAUUUGCCGAAGCCCUUCCAAGAGUAUUGAGGUCUUUGAGGCCAUUUUGAGAAACGGAAUAGAUGGCUCAAUUACUCUCCUUUGUCCGUCAAAGAUGUAUUGCACUUCCAAGCCUUGCCAUGUGUAGGUGAAAUGACUAGUAUGCAUGCGCAGCGGUCGUGGAAAAAAAAUCACACUUUUUAAAUUCUGCAAGACGGACACAUUCCAGGCAUGGGUGAGGCUGGAUAAGAUGUCAAAAAAUGUGCCCGUUAUUGAUUUUCCACCUCAAAGUCAUUUCAGGAGGGGAUACCCGUCAGUAACCUGACCACCGGUGUUAUUUUACGCCGUUUAAAUUUUUAUCUCCCCACAAAUUCAUAUUGCGUCCUUGUGCAAGGACUGUAAAACAUCACAACAGAGUUAAUGUUAAUAGGUUCUGCAGGUCAUUUACCCGCUAACAGAUUUCUUCCUUUCUUCGUCUGAACACCAUCACUUGUUUCUUCUAGCUUCUGACCUUAUUUUGGUUGGGUGUGAUGUAGCCAUGUAUCCAGUUAACUAUGGCUUGUAAUAUCGAUUAAAGUAUAUAAAACUGCUGCUUUGAUAAUAUCAAAGAUCAAAAACAGUGAUUGGGUGAAUCAUGUCAGCGUUAAAACACUUAACAUGUCAGUUUAAGUGGAGACUGCCCACUAAACUGUGGAGCUAAACAGUUGCUCGGGCAUUUCAGGGGCAAAUAUAAUCCAUUUCUACCAAUGAUGUUUGCUUUGCAUCGGAGUUUGAGUAAGGAAGACCAGCAGUGGAAAGUGACAACGUGCUACAGUUUUUUUUGUUUUUUUUAAAUUGCUCACACUUUACCUGCAGUCUCCGUUUUAUACUGCUUGGAGGUUAUGCUUUUUACUCCACUGCAUUUAUUUGAUAUGUGGUGAUAUUUUACAGAUUUCAAUUUUACAUCAACACAUGAUUAUUAAAGAUUAAACCAGUGGUUUCCAACGUGCUCCUCUAAACUUAAUUCAUAUAACUAUAUGUUUCAUUUAUAGAACAGUUUGUGGCCCAAAAAAUUACAACAAAAAAUAUUUCACAAAAGUAAAAGAUAAGAGAAUAUACCCCAAAAAUAAAUGAAUGCAUAUCUGUGUAACAGGACUUUGUUUUUCUUCUUCCUCGUGAAUCGUCUCACCACCGAUCCGAUUCAUCUUGUGCUCCUUAGGUUGGGAAGUACCAGACAAAACGACCUAACUAGUUACAAAGCAGAUCCCACCAGCAACAGGAAAGUGCAACUUAUUCAUUGACGUAUCGGCAUUAACAAUCUAAUAAUGUCGUAUAUAUUUUGAUACUACAAGUACUUUAGCUGAAGUAUUUCUGUACAUUUACUUAAGUAGGAUUUAAAAUCAGACCCUUUUUACUCCUAGGGUAGAAAACUACUUUAUUUUUUUUAUUGGUAGCUUUUGCUUAAGUAAAGGAUCUGAGUACUUCUUCAACCACUGUUGUAUAAUCCAUUCUGAGUUUCCUUGAGGCAUCAUCAUCCAGCGGUGGACAUGCAUGAGUUAUUAUAAGUGAAUGGCAUUUAAAAUGCAUUGAUUAGUAAUGAGGCACAUAAUUCAGUGAUUGCAAGGGGACAACUCAGAAAGAGUAAUAUUAUAUCCGGGCCAGGAAGAUUUUAAGAAUGUCAAAGCAGCUUUUCUCUUCGUGUGUGUGUGUGUGUGUGUGUGUGUGUGUGUGUGUGUGGUUUGCUUCACAUAGUGUUUUAUUUAAAUACUGCUGUCCAUCCCAGCUUCCAUCAACAUCAAGUGUCAACAGCAUGAUAAGCAUGUUGUUCAUGUCUCCUUGGCCGCCAGUACAGAUGUAAUCUAGAGGGCAGGGACGGGCCUGCUCCUGUGCCUUUGUGAUGACAGGAUAAGUGAGGAUGUCAGAGGGGGUAGGAUGAGCACCUGGUGCAGACAGGUAUGUGUGUGAGCAUAAUGAGGUGGCACGUUGUUGAGUUUUAAGAUUUUGAUAUAACCUGCUGGAUAUAACCAUUGUUAAAGAAUCCAGUACUUAUUGUAGUCUCACCAAACGGCAAGAAAGCAGUGUAAUAUGUUUGUCUCUGGAGUCGGCACGUUUUGCAUUUUUAAUCUCAGAAAAGUUCUCCAAGUGGAAAGCUGUCAUCCACCACUGGCUUAAUCUGAAUGAUGAAAAGUGAAAAUUAGAAAUUCCCUCCUCAGCUGAGAGUUGGUGCCGAAACAGUGUGGAAAUAUUUAUCUGACUUGCAGAGAAGUGUUGUAAUUCUUAUCUGGAGUUGGUGUUCCAAAGUGUUGCAUUUGCCCUUCAGCGUAUUGGGGUUUUGACAUGACGUGCAUUUGCUGACUUUUUUUAAAGUACCACGAGUCGAAGAAGCGUGUCAGCUCCUUUCAAACAAUGUCUCUCCGCUUGUACAGUUUGUAGAAAAACUUCAAAGGUGCAGGUGCGGACCAGAUUGAGUUUUUCUGGGAGCUGUCAAUGCGCCAGACAAAGACCUGCAAUACACAGAAGAUAGGUGUUUGUGCAGGAAGCAAGAGAAGCGGUGAGGGAAACGGCACAGACAAGACCGGUCUGCAAAUCCCUCUGAAUGGCCCGAAUCUUGCCGACCUCUGACCUCGUGUUAAUUUUUGUAUUUUCCCUGCUGGGCCUCACUGCUAACCUGCUGUCCAUCACAACAACUUCCAAGUCGCUUUGUAAAAAAGACGCCUCCUGUCUGGUGUCUGAGAAACUGAGAGGACUGUUGUUUCCCGUUUAUCAGCUUAGCAAGAAUUUACAUUUUAAUUGAAUCCUGAUGUUUUGGCCGAACUCUGCUUGCUGAGUAACUGGAACUCCCUCACAGAAACGACUUACAGGCUUCAAGUGUGAGUUCACAGAAGAUGACAGGCAAUCAGACACAUUCACAUUGACUAUGCAGAAUUCAACUGCAUGUGCCAAGAUUUCACAUGCUGCCAUCACCAGGAAGAUUCUUGGAGAGCAUGUGCGUUUGUGUGUUUGUGUGUGUAGGAAUGUCACAAAACUACAGCUGGGCUUUGUGUGCGUAUUUACACAUCAGCUUCUAUGUAUUUUAAUGAGUUUGAAUGUGCCAAGAUUUGUCAUGCCUCCAUUGCCAGGGACAUAGUUGGAACGUGUGUGUGUACAGACAGCAGGGAAUCAGAGUUGUGCUCAGGUGUGUGUGUGUGUGUAUGUGCACUUGGACACUUAUAUUUGUGGGGACCAAUUUGAGUUGUAGACCUUCAGAGUGAGGACAUUUUUAUAAAUUGAGGACAGUCUUCACUUCGUCAAAGGCCUGUUUGAGAAUCCGGACAUGGUUUUAAGGUUGAGGUUAGAAUAAGGUCAGGGGUAGGGGUUAGGCAUUUAGUUAAGGUUAUAUAACCUCAUAAAAAUCAUACAGGGAUUUGUGUGUGUUUGUUUGUGUGUGAGAGAGAGAGCGUCUAUCAUACUAAUUAGGAUAGACGCGUCCACUCCUACACUCUCUUUGAUGUGGCAUGUUGGCAAACUGCUGAUGUUGGAGAUUCUGUCUAAUAAGAUAUUGGAUAAAAGAUAUGAUUCGUCAGCACCUGUCUUUGUUUGGUCGACCUUUUCCAUCUAUUUAGAAUAUUAUAUCAGACACGAUAGGGGCGCAUGCUAUUGGCCCCUAGUUGAUUUUGCAAUGCCUGGUAGAUUCGUGGUUUUUACAUUAUUACACUGGUUGUGUUUUAACAGAGAUCUGGUGAGUUACUGAGGUUGAGAUGCAAAUUGUUUAAUGCCAAUUAAUCUGUGGGUUAGUUUCUCAAUUAAUAAAAUAAUAAUUUGGUUUCUAAAAUGUCUCAAGUUCUCAGAGCAUAAAGGUCGAAUCUUGUUUUAUCUCUAGUGCGUGUGAAAAGUAAGGGAAUCAGCAUCUAUUACCUUUUAUCGCAGGUCCAAUUACAAAGGAAAAGUUAUCUUUUUAUCCUUCUUUGUGCUCUCUCCUCUGUCUCUUUAUGUCCUCUGCUCUUGCGGGGUCUACUAACUGAUUUCACACUCCUGAAACAAGUUAAUAGUUGGAAUAAAGCUGCUGGAAAGACUGUACCCUCACUCCUGCACCAUUGAAUUAAGGCGGGGUGUUCUUUUUUGAAAACUUCUGCUCUUCCCAAUUUCUCAUUAGACUAGCACCAGUGCUAUUUCAAAGGCAUUGUUCUGUAGGUUUGCGACACAAAGAGCCAAGGUAAAGGACCCCUACUUACUCUGUCUCAUUUGCAAUGGUAUGGACGGAAGCCCAACCCAUUACAGUGCAAUUAAAAUGCUUAAAAUGCAAAUUUCAAUUGUUAUUAUUACAUUAUUUCCAGACUGUGGCACCCGCAGCUUCCAUCCAAGUGCUGUUCACUGCAUCGAGAUGGUGAUUAACUUCUGCAUUAUCGCACUGAUAAAGAGCAACUGAAAAGUCAAGAGCGUAAAUUGAACGACAGGCUGCCAGCGCCAGUUUCCGAAAGAAGUCAUUAGGAUUCCGACUAAUUACAUCUAGUCUGACCUUCCAGUCUCAUUGCUGCUUCAACCCGAACAAAUAGAUCUACAGCUCGCUGCUUGUACCUCGUGCAUAUGGAAGUAAAAAUAAAGUUGUAUUAAUAAACGGCGACAUUGUAACUUGAGCUUCGGCGUGUCACAGGAAACCAUUAGUGUUGUAACAGUAAAGCAGAUAAGAGUUAAUUAACUGAUAAUGGCACUCUAUUCACUGUGAAUGGAAAUGAAAGGGUGGGAGUCAAGAGAGAAAAAUGGACUUUCUGUAGAUCUCAAAGAAAAGCAGAUAAUUCUAUUCCUCUUGAUUAAGUUUCACAUUGGGGUGGCAUGAAUGCCAAGAGUUCUGAUUGAUCUUCAUCACAGCUGCCACAACAAUGUACUAAACCAACGAGUAUGAAUUGCAUCAUGUCUAUUUCUAUACAAAUUGCACGACAGGCCUCUUGGAGGAAAACACAACACCUGUUAAAUCAGAGCCUUUGAUCUCUUGAUGACCUCUUUCAUUCACUCCUACUCUUCUUCUAAAACCCGGAAUAUGACGGCAGAACAAAUCGAUAACAACAGCACCAAGAAACUCAAAAGACGUACGGUUUUGUGGGAAGUAAACUUAACUAGAGGGCAAAAAAAACAAAACACAAUUCUUCCUUCCUGUAUGCGCAGCUUUUAAUCAACUUUCCAGCUGGGCAAAUCUGGGGUUUUAUCGGCUCUAUCCUCCUCUCUCACAGAAGAGAAACAAUGUGCUUUAUUCCAUUACACUGUAAAUCCAAUCUCAUGCUUCACGCUCUGUAGAAGAGUAGCAGAAAGAGGGAAUGAAUGAGAUGGCAUGGCGAAAUGUUGACACAAUCCCACAAUCCCUAGGGUGACACCCGGCGGCCAUCGGGGUACAGUUGAGGGAUACUGAGCAAUUAACCAAUCAACCAGGGGGCUGAUGGGGCCCCAUGUAGCUAUUAUGGUAAUACACGUGUCGCUGAAGUGGAAAGCGCUCCCUUGACUCGACAAAGUCGGACUGUUUACUCAUUCUGUAGCCUGUUCCAACCAAGACAUCACACUUGGAAAUCAGCGCCUUUUUUCUGAGGGAAAGCUUGCAAGUGUACAAUUAGGAAGUAAUUAGUAUUUUGCUGCUUAAGAUGUAGACUUGCACAGAUAAGGUCUGCUUUGUUACCACCAUAUAAUGCAAUAGAGCACAUCCUGGUCUUCUAAAAGCAAAUCAAAAUGUCUGUACAUGACGGGCUUCAGAAUGAAUGCCUCUGUUUCCACUCUUGACUCUCCCAGACUUCCGAUGAACACCAGAAUUAAUAAUGGAUUAGGAGGAAA